AUGACUCCUGAUCCUUAUGCUGAAAAGAUAGUCCUCGACACCGGAGCGUCCUCUGGGAUGGGCAAGGCAACGGCCAUCUACCUAGCCGGAAAGGGUGUCAAGGCCAUCACGCUCUUUGCCCGCGGCAAAGAUCGUCUCGACGAAGUCGCCAACGAAAUUGAAGCAAUGGAUACCGCCACAAAGACUUUGAUUGUCGUCGGCGAUGCAUCUAAGGUCAGUGAUAACCAGCGCGCUAUCGACGAAACCGUCGCAGCUUUUGGAGGCAUCAACUCUGCUUUUGUCAACGCUGGAGUCUACCGUGGCGAGCUUCCUUUAGCCGACACUCCGGAUGAAGCAAUCGAGGAUGUCCUCAAUGUAAACGUCAAGGGAGUUAUCUACGCUCUCCGUUGUUUGAUCCCUGCCAUUUCGAAGACCGUGGGAGACGACAAGGACAUGCCCACAGGCUCCAUUGUGGUAAACUCCAGUUGUAUGGGAGCGAGCGUCAUCGCCCCCAAGAGUAACGGGUCCUCCAUUUACUCCGCUUCCAAGGCCUUUGUCAAUAGUCUUGUUUUGUCAGCUGCUACCGAAAACGCGCCUCGCAUUCGCGUCAACGGCGUCAUGCCAGGCGUCGUCCAGACUUCCAUCAUGCCUGUGGAUGAUGCUACAUACCAAAUGCUCGGUGCUGCUGUUCAGCCUUUGUAUGGGCGUCCGGGAAAGUCAGUCGAGGUUGCCUCGCUUGUAUCUUACUUGAUCAGCAAUGAGGCUUCCUUUAUUUCCGGUACUAACAUUAAGGCUGAUGGACUCUGGUCCCUUUCGGGGGAUAACAUGUAG